AUGAUCUUCAUCAACAAGAAGAACGAGAAAGUCCUGCAGCAGAUGGUUUGGGCCCCCACAGAGCCAACAUCAUGGAUCUGGGGAAAUAUAGUGACAAUAGUCCGGCUCAGUGCCAGGCCUGGAGAUGAAGAGAGCAGCAGUCUGGGGAAUAAAGUGACAAUAGUCCGACUCAGUGCCAGGCCUGAAGAUGAGAAGAGCAGCAGUCUGGGAAAUAUAGUGACAAUAGUCCAACUCAGUGCCAGGCCUGGAGAUGAGAAGAGCAGCAGGCGUGAAUGUCGUCGUGGCUCCCAGGUGGCCGAUAGAGAAGGUGAGCCAAACAGCAGCUCUGCCAGAUCUCAUGAAACUGCUCCAACACGAGGGCCGUCUUCCCUGCUGCAGGACAGGGAGACGCUGCCACCUGAUUUGGUGACGGGCAGCACAGCUGAUGCAGAGCAGAGUGACGUCGCCGCAGUGAAGUUUGGAGACUCUCGGCCGUCUUUCUCUGAUCGGUUAUCUGAUCCUCUUGAAGACGCAACAGUCGGCUCCAAACAGCCGGUCACCAAACGCCACAGGAAGCUGCUUCUGAAGAGCAGCUUUGUGUCGUCCACCGCUCCUGCUGGCGAGGAAGAACAACAGCUGCUGGAGCAGAAACAGAAGCUGGCGAGGACGCAGGAGUCCCGCCGCAGCCUGCUGAGCGACGUUUGUGCCAAAUAUCGGCCGAGCGUCACCGAGCAGCUGGUCUCACAGCGGCAGGUGUCACGGGUUUACGUGGAGGACCGGUCCAGGCUGUUGUACUGUGAGGUGCCCAAAGCCGGCUGCUCUAACUGGAAACGGGUGAUGAUGGUGUUGGGUGGUAGUGCCACCUCCACUCGUGACAUUCCCCACGACGUAGCGCAUUACGCCAACCACCUGCGACGACUUGAGAGCUACGACCACGCCGGCAUCGCUGAGAGAUUGCGCUCUUACAACAAGGUGCUUUUUGUGCGUGAGCCAUUCGAGCGACUGGUGUCGGCCUUUCGGGACAAGUUUGAGAGUCCGAACUCGUACUACCACCCAGUGUUUGGACGCCCCAUCAUCUCCAGAUACCGUGUCAACGCCACAAGCACCGCCCUGCGUACCGGCGCUGGCGUCACCUUCAGGGAGUUCGUGCAGUACCUGCUGGACGUGCGUCGGCCGGUGGGGAUGGACAUCCACUGGGAGCCGGUCAGCCAGCUGUGUAACCCCUGUCUGCUCCGAUACAACUUCAUCGGAAAGUUCGAGAGGCUGGAAGAAGAGGCAAACUUCCUGCUGCAGAGCAUCGGAGCACCGAGGAACCUUACCUUCCCCGACUUCAAAGAUAGAAACCCCCUCGCAGAGAGGACUUCCUCCACCAUCACCCAAAAAUACUUUUCACAACUGAACUCCACAGAAAGGCAGAAGGCCUACGACUUCUACUACAUGGAUUAUCUGAUGUUUAACUACCCCAAACCCUUCAAAGACCUGCACUGA